CUGUUUUUGUGUAAUAAUACUUCCGGUGUACUUACAGGGGCAAUGCGUGUUUUUGUUUUUGACAAUUCUAUAAACCUUUCAGUGAAACAUUACAGAGUUGACUGAUCUCUGGACUACCUGUUAAGGUUCAGCGGGUUAGCUGUAACUGAAGCCAGACAUGGAUAUCCCCAACCCCCCUGAAGAUCAAGAACUGAAGAAUGUUAUAGACAAGCUGGCCCAGUUUGUCGCUCGGAAUGGGCCAGAGUUUGAAAAGAUGACAAUGGAGAAACAGAAGGACAACCCUAAGUUCUCCUUCCUCUUUGGGGGAGAAUACUUCAGCUACUACAAGUGCAAGCUUGCUAUGGAGCAACAGCAGCAUCCCUCUACCCACGAUGGGGAGGAGUAUAAAGCUGAAGAAAUGUACAACCUGGGCGCCAAAGACGUGAUUGAUAUCCCCCCUCCACCAAUGCCGAUGGUCGCUCCCCCUCCGAUUCCUCCACCUACUGCGCCAUGUAUGGAUGAGCUCAUCCAACAGAGCCAAUGGAAUCUGCAACAGCAGGAGCAACAUCUGCACACACUCAGACAGGAACAAGUGACUGCAGCCAUAGCUCUGGCUAUGGAGCAGCAGACCCAAAACCUGCUGCUCGAAACUCAGUUGGACAUCACAGAGUUUGACAACCUGCUGCAGCCCAUUAUAGACACCUGCACCAAAGAUGCCAUCUCUGCUGGUAAGAACUGGAUGUUCAACAACGCCAAGACUCCACAGCACUGUGAACUGAUGACAUCACAUCUUCGCAACCGCAUCACUGCUGAUGGAGCGCAUUUUGAGCUCCGCCUACACCUCAUCUAUUUAACAAAUGACGUUCUCCAUCACUGCCAGCGGAAGCAGCAGAAGGAUUUGUUGGCAGCGCUGCAGAAAGUUGUGGUUCCCAUCUACUGCACCAGCUUUCUGGCUGUGGAGGAAGAGAAGCAGCAGAAGAUUACUAGGUUGUUGCAACUGUGGGAGAAGAAUAAGUACUUUGAUGAUGAGACCAUUCAGCAGCUCCAGAAUCCAGCACUCGGCCUCGGCCAGUACCAAGCGUCUCUGAUAACAGAGUAUGCUGCGGUGGUGCAACCGAUCCAACUGGCCUUCCAACAGCAGAUCCAGGCUUUGAAGGGCCAGCACGAAGAGUUUGUUGCCAGCCUAAAGCAGCAGCAGCAGCAGCACCAGCCACAACCUGCCUCUGUAGCACAGCUAGCUACCCCUGCUGAGCCUGAAAAGGCCCUACCUAUGACUACAAAAGCAGUGUGUGUGUUGUGUGAAGGGGAUGUGAAGCCGCCCAUGACGGGCCCUCCACCAGGGGAGUUUGAUGGUGCUUCUUCCAGGCCACAGGACCCCAGCAACCCCAGUGCACCCUCAGAUAUCCCCUCUAACAAGGCUGCGUGGUAUGACCAGCACAUGGGCCCCUGGAACCCCAACCAGCCGCCUCCUUUUGACCCAAACCAGCCCCCCCCCCCCUGCCCUCCCUGGAACAGCCAUGAGGGGAUGUGGAACGAGCAGAGGGACCCAGGAAACUGGAGCGGAGGUCCACCCAGAGAAGGAGGCCCCUGGAGUGGUCCAGGUGGGUCUGACCCAGGCCCUCCAUCUUGGAACUCAUAUGAGCAGCAGCCGCCGCCAUGGGGGAACCAGCCUGAACAGCCUCCAUGGGGCCAGAGGGAAUCCCCAUUUCCUCCACGCAUGCAGAGACCUCCCCAUUUCAGAGGGCCCUUCCCUCCGCACCAGCAACCACCUCCUUUCAACCAGCCCCCACCACCACCACACAGUUUCGGACGCUUUCCGCCACGCUUUAUGCAGGACGACUUUCCUCCCAGACACCACUAUGACAGGCCGCCGUACACCCCACACCGCUUUGACUACGCUCAAGGAGAUUAUCCCGGGGACAUGCCAGGUCCUCCUCCCCACCACCACCCCAAUCAGAGGCUCCCUCCUCCAGGUAUGGGGGCCGAACAUCCUCCCUGGGGUGGAGGCCAGCCGGAUUUUGGCCCACCCCCACAUGGCUUCAAUGGCCAUUCACCCCACAUGCGUCAUCGGCAGCAUCCAGUGCAAGAUGACCCCAGUCUGGUGCCUAACGUACCCUACUUUGACCUGCCAGCUGGUCUCAUGGCUCCACUGGUCAAACUUGAGGACAGUGAUUAUAAACCUCUGGACCCUAAAGACAUCCGGCUGCCCCCUCCCAUGCCACCUAGUGAUCGCCUGCUAGCUGCUGUGGAAGCUUUCUACAGCCCUCCAUCCCAUGAUCGGCCUAGGAACAGUGAAGGCUGGGAGCAGAACGGCCUAUACGAAUUCUUCAGGGCCAAGAUGAGAGCCAGGAGGAAAAAGGGACAUGAGAAACGUAACAGUGGUCAUGGAGGUAGUCGCUCCAGGAGUCACUCUCGCAGCAGAGGGCGAUCUUCAUCUGGCUCCAGCUCUCGCUCCUCAAAGUCCUCCAGGUCCCAGUCACGCUCAUCGCUCCACUCCCACAGCCGCUCCCGCUCCUACUCACGAUCCAGGUCCAGGAGCAGAUCCAGGUCAUCUCGGAGUCGUUCUCGUUCUCGCUCCAGAUCCAGAUCCCGUUCACAUUCACCUGCCAAGACACGCCGUGGCCCCAAAUCCCAGAGCUCUUCCCCUCCCUCCACAUCAGUGUUGGGUGCUCCUCCCUCCAAACUGUCUGCAGAUAACAGGCUCGGGGAGGAGAACAAGGGCCAUCAACUACUGAUGAAGAUGGGCUGGAGUGGUUCAGGUGGUUUGGGGGCCAAAGAACAGGGCAUCCAGGACCCCAUUAAAGGAGGAGACGUCAGGGAUAAGUGGGACCAGUAUAAAGGUGUUGGGGUGUCACUGGAUGACCCUUAUGAGAACUAUCGCAGGAACAAGAGCUACAACUUUGUUGCACGUAUGAAGGCACGAGAAGAAGUCAAUCGGGAACCUCAGGAGGCCCCUUCAACUGACUGAUGUCAUCAAAUAUUGUCAAACAACUCCUCAUCUUUCCCGUCGUGACCUCCAUCAAGGAUCUGAAUUUUACUGUCAGUUUUCAAUGGUUUUUGGAUUCUACAAUAUUGUUUUCAUUCUUCUCCCUGGAGUUGCUUGGUUAAAGGGUCAGUUAACCUAUAUCAAAAAAAUAAAACAAAAUCUCAUUUGGUAUCUCCAUUAUAAUGCUUUCAGCUUUAUUUGCAUAGAAUAAUGAAAAGAAUAUAUAUUUUUGAAGAAAUUCCUAUUCAUAAAAACUCAACAGCUCGUUGAUGAAAUGAUGCCCACUCACUUAUCCACAUAUCUUACUCCUGAAUUAAUAGUUCUUAUGAAAACUGCUCACUGUGGGUGGUCUCAUUGGUGGAUACCUCAAAACUUCAAAUAAAACUGUAGUAUAUAUAGGAGUGAUUGGAAACAUGUUUGUGUUAACUGACCAUUUAAGACAAAAAAUAGAUUAAGAGCAUAUAGCGGCUCUUUUCCAUUUUGGCUUUUCACUGCUGAUUAUUGUCAUACUUUUUCCAAUAAUUAGUUCUAUGGAGAUGUGAGUGUCAUUUUGUUGUAUUAAAAUAAAUCCCACAACCCAAAGUUAUGAAUAUGAAAUC